GGUCAGCUGAUCAGUGGAAACCGGAAGUUCGAAAGGAAGUUAAGCUUCCUUGGUUCUGAUCCAGUGUUGAUUCUGGUCGCUUUAUUUACUUCUUAAUGACGUGAUUUUAAGGUGUUUUCUGAUUUAAUGUGUAUGUGACGGUUAUCUGGGGACGCAGACCGGAGACAUGUUCGCUGCUGAUGAUGAAGACGGAGAUUUCACGUCUCCUACAGGAGGGGCGAAAUUAGCCUCUCUGUUCAGCUUGGACCAGACGGCUGGACAGGCCAAUGAGUCGUUCCAGUACACGGCCCCCAAACAGCCUCGUAAGAGCUCAGGUCCACCUUCUCAGAAAGCCGCUCCUCCACCCGGUUCACCUGCGGUGCUUUUCGCCACGGCCGUACACGCGUACAGAUAUGUUAACGGACAGUACGUGAAGCAAGGCAAGCUGGGAGCUGCGGUGUUAGGAAACCACACCAACAAGGAGUAUAAACUCCUCUUGUACGCCAGCCAGCAGAAACCAGUGACUGCGGCCAGGAUUCACCCGGCUUUCUCCUUCACUGUCCAGCCAAGUAACUACUGCACCUUUUAUGAUGAUCAGCGGCAGAACUGGUCUCUCAUGUUCGAGUCGGAGAAAGCAGCCACAGAUUUCUGCAAAGAGGUGUGUCUGGCUAAAGCGAACUGCUCUUCUCCUCUGGACAUGCCGAUGAUUCAGGACCUGGUUCUUGGGGAGGGUCAGGGUGUGGACAACGGAGAUUCUCUGGAGGUAGCUUACAGCGGCUGGCUGCUGCAGAACCACACCAUCGGCCAGAUGUUUGACUCUAAUCUAAAUAAGGACAAGUUUCUGAGACUGAAGCUCGGUGCUGGAAAAGUCAUUAAGGGCUGGGAGGAGGGCAUGCUGAACAUGCGUAAAGGAGGACGGCGUCUCCUCGUGAUUCCUCCGGCUCUGGCGUACGGAUCGCAGGGCGUCCCGGGGCGAGUCCCUGCAGACAGCACUUUGGUGUUUGAGGCUGAAAUUCGCAGGGUGAAGUUUGUUAAAGAAGCCGGACCCGAGAAGACCCCCCUGAGCUCCAGGGACACCACUGCUCCCUCCCCUGCCCCCAGCUUGGAGAGUCUGGGGCCCGAUCCAACCUCAGCAGCCAGCAGAACGGGUGAACCACCAUUGAGAGCUAAAUCCAACUCAUUGAGUGAACAGCUGGCAAUAACUGACAUUCCAGUGUCGGAAACCAAUCCAGACGCGACCAAAGCCAAGCUCAUCUCCCGCAUGGCCAGAAUGGGUCAGCCCAUGCUUCCCUUCCUCGCCGGCCCAGCAUCAUCUCCUUCACAAGCCGAGUCCAGCGACUCCGAACUGGAAGACCCGAGUGUGUCCCGAUUGAAAGAGCGUCCUCCUGCACCCUCGCCUCAGCCUGUCCACCUCACCACUGGACCUUCAGCCUCGCUACAGGCAGCCGGCUUUAUGCCUGUUUCUAUGGCAACAGCCAGUCCCCAGCCUGUCAUGCACGUCGCAGGUCAUGGCUUCCAGCCGUACUCUUACAACCAGUCCACUACAACUCCCUCGCACUUACAACCAGUGGGACAGAUUUACUCACAGACCGUGCCGUACCAGGGAAGUGGUGAUGUCACAUCCUUUUUGAUGACGGAAGCCCGGCAGCACAACACCGAGAUCCGAUUAGCUGUCGGCAAAGUGGGCGAUAAAGUGGACCAGUUAGCCGCCAAGGUAGAGGAGCUACACAAGCAGGGUGGGCUCUCUCUGGGAUUGUCCACUGUCUCCAUGGAUACCGCGAUGAUCAUGAGCACCAUCCAGCGCAUCAUCCAGGAAAACGAUUGCCUGAAGAAAGAGGUUUUCGAGAAGAGCUCACGCAUUGAAGAGCAGAACCGCAAGAUCGGAGAACUCAUCAACCAGAACCAGAGGUGCAUGGAGCAGAGUAAUAUGCUGAUGGAGCAGCGGAACGACACUCUUAAGAACUCAAGUGAACAGAACCAGGCCCGAUUUCUGCAAGCGGAAAAGGAAAAGGUGAGGCUGACGGACGAGCUGGCCAUCUCUACAGCGCGGGUAUCGGAGCUGCAGUUGGAGGUUACCGCACAACGUCAGAAAGCAGCAGCCCUGGAGUCCAGCCUGAGCGCCGCCCUGCAGGAGGGGCAGCAGCUCGGCGUCCAGCUCGCUGCCACAGAGAACCAGCUGCAAGAGAUAAAGGAGACGGCCGAGCAGGCGCAGAUGCAGUACAGAGUUGAGAAGCAGAAGCGGAAGGAGGUGGAGAUGAAGCUGAGGAACCUGGACGAGGAGCUGCAGGACCUGAAGAGCGAGAAGGAGAGUCUGGAGAGGACUCUGACAGACAGAAAGAGGAAGUGGCAGGCGGAGAGGCAGCGCUGCGAUGAGGAGUUGGAGGAGGUAAGGAAGGCCACUCAGGUGGAGAUGGACCAACUCCGGAGUCAACUGCGGAAAGCUCGUACCAACACUGAUCAGGCGGCUGCUGAGCAGUUAGCACAGCUGCAGGCAGAUGUGGAGCGGGAGUGGCAGGCGAAGUGUGAGAGAGCUCUGGCUUCAGCACAAGAACAACAGACCAGAGAGGUGACUGAACUCACAGAACAGAGAGACACACUGCAGCUCAAACUCACACAGCUCCAGGACAAGUUCUCUGCUCUCAAGCAUUCCAGAGAAGAGGAGGAGCAACGGUUACUACAGCAACAAGACCAGGGGGAGGAGCUUCAGGCCUGGCAAAAGAAGUGCUGUGAAUUGGAGAAGAGGGCGGAGUCAGCGAGGCAGGAGGCGGAGACUCAGGUUUCAGAGCUACAGAAGAGACUGGCAGAGCAGAGACAACAAACAGACACUACGGGAGAGCAGGUGAAGCGUGUGAUGAAUGGAGUGUUCCACUCUUUACGUGGGGAGUUCGAGCUCCAUGAGACGUACACUGGAAGCGUGGUGCUCAGCGUCCUGGUCAACACCAUCAAGAACGUCACCCUGCAGCUGCUCUCAAGUUCCGAACCAUCCUCGACCGAGAACAAGGAGAAUGAGGAAGAUGAAGAGGAGGAAGAGGAGGACAGGACAAGCCAAGUGCAGCACAAGGAGCAGGAGAACCACACAGAGGAGUUACAUAUGAAUGGGAAGAACGAGGGUGUAGAAGAGGAAGAAAGAUAUGUACAAGUAACGGAGGAGAAGAGUAAAGAACCAGAGAGUGUGCACAAGGAGAUAAGAGAGAGUGAACAGGAAGUCAUCAGUAAUAAAGAGGAAAAGAAGGAUGAACAGGAAGUCAUCAGUAAUAAAGAAGAAAAGAAGGAUGAACAGGAAGUCAUCAGUAAUAAAGAGGAAAAGAAGGAUGAACAGGAAGUCAUCAGUAAUAAAGAAGAAAAGAAGGAUGAACAGGAAGUCAUCAGUAAUAAAGAAGAAAAGAAGGAUGAACAGGAAGUUAUAGUAAGUGAAGAGGAAGAAAAAGGUAAACAGGAAGUCAUCAGAGAUGAAGAGGAAGUGAAAUUUGACCAGGAAGCCGAAGGUGCUCAAGAGGAAGUGAAUGAGACAGGAAAAGAAUUUGAUCUCCUGAUCGAAGCAGGAGAGCUCGUGCAUUCUGAGCCCACCACAGAGAAUGAUGUCAUUCCCAAAGAAGAUGUGACCUGCGUAGGUCGACUGGGUGACGUAGCACCUGAAGAGGAAGCGGUGACCAAGAGUGAAAGCACUUUGGGUCUGUCUGAUGAAACAGAACCAGGUGAAACCGUUCACACCGGACCCCCGAAGAAUCCCCCUCCACCCCCGAACCCUACGGAAGAGAACGGUACAGAAACGGCGUCACGGCCCAGCAGUCCGUCCGAGCAUGCAGAUUCAGAAGAGCCGUUUUUCCAGAGCCCCGCCCCGACUAAACCCCCACCACUACCAACUGGUGAGGAAGAUGAUGAGGAAGAGGAGGAGGAGCUGAGUUUAAAAGGACGGCCCCCUCCCGCCCCUCUGUUUGGAGACGACAGCGAUGAUGACGAUCUGGACUGGCUGAACUGACCUCAUCCUCUACCAACAACCCAAACCACAAUCGCCUGUCUCCUGGGUAACGGUUGGCACGGAAAUCGAGAGGGCAGUAAGAGGAGCGAGACCGGAUUCAGAAGCUCCUCCCCUUUUCCCACACUCAUCAUUUCUGAAGGACAGCAGCACAUGACUGGAAAUGCUUUUUUUUUUUCUUUUUUCUAGAACUCAAUCACACAUUUGUCUCUCAAAUCAGUUGUAGCCUGAAACUUGACCAUGAAAUAAUUACACGCUUUUUAAGACGUUUUAAUGCGCCAGACGUCUCCGACUGCUCUGAAUCAGGAGUUGGAAGGGCGAUGUGGGUAAUAACGCUCGUGUCAGAGUGAACGGUUUGUGUUCGUGAAUAACGGAAAGCUAAUCUGGAUUAAUGUAAUAAAAGACGAGCUGGCUAAAUCGUUCUGAAA